AUGUGUGUAGAGAAUGCUGCUGCUCUGGAGGAGCUGCUACUGAGUACGAGAGUUCCCGGUGCUGUCUCCUUUGACUCAGUUCCUCUCCUUACCCAGACUAUUGUCCUCACCAGUCUCACCUCCACACCAUCUCUGGUCUUUCUGGUCUGUCUGGCCCCCGACACGGCUUACUGCUGCUCCCGCUGUGCCCAGAAGAAAUGGCCCCCAUCCUCCUGCCCCCUUUCGGCCCCUCAAAACCCCCACAGUUCCUCUUACCCCCCUCAAACCCCCCUCAGUCCUCUCCUGUUACCCCCUCGGGACCUCCAGGUCCCCCAGAAGACUCCUCUCCUGCCCCCUGUGGACACACACCACUCCACCACUAAGAUCUCCCAGACCCCCAGGGCUGGGUCAGGGUUACUCCCUGAGGGGAAGUGGAGGAUGCUUGGGGAGGUGACCCGGUCUGUUGGGAGGUUUCAGGUGGCUCAGAUUCAGGAGCAGAGGCCUGGUUCCAUGGAGAUGAUAUUCUGCCCAGAGUCGAGUGACUCAGACUCAGUGGAGGAUUCAUCUCUGCUGGGGGCGAACAAGUCAUCCUCGUCAUCAUCCUCAUCAGCUGCCAGGGGUACACAGGAGUCCACAGAACAUUCUGCUUUUUGGAGUGCUGUUGAGUUCUCUCAGGAGACCCUGACCCUGCACACAGAGGACCUAAACAUUCGCAGAGAGGAAUGCUGGGUAAAAAUAACUCUACCUCGCUGAUCGAUGGAUGUGAUGGGAUUCCAAAAUGGCGACCAGAGAAGUUGAUUAUCCUCUUCGUUACGAUUUGGGAAGUUAGCCUGGGUGCUUGUUGGGAAGUUAGCCUGAGUGCCAGACAAAGGGAAACCCUUCUAUUUAUAACACAAACAAGUUGUAUUUUAUCCUAUUGUCUUUAGAGGCAGGGAGACGAGAGGAGGAACAAACUAUGAAUUAACCCAACCGUGUGGUUGUGCUUCCAUAAGACUCUGGACAGGUUGGAGGACCUUAACACCGUCUGCACGCGACACUGUGCAAUACACACACACACACACACACACACACACACACACACACACACACACACACACACACACACGGAGGUAGGCCUACAUAGACACAUAGCACACAUACAAAAAAGAACAAGUAUUAUUAUUAUUAUAGGAAACCACUCCAUUUUGUAGUGCAGAAAACUUUUAAUCAUUUUUCUAACACUUUUAGCUGUUUUGACUUGUUAUAUUUGAAACGCUGAUUGGCGUAAGUUUUAGGCCUUCUUGAUAAUGUUGAAUGUAGUCUCCAACAUUGACAGAGAGACAUGAUAAUAUACAAACAGCAUGAACUACAUGUUGGACUAUUUAGGUCUUAUAGAUGGAAUUUAACUUCAUUUAGUUUCUGAUUCAAGUUGAACAUGUGGUAACCGCGGUGUAAAUGACUGUAUAUACUGUAUGUACAUAGGGAUGUGAAUAUUGACACUCUUAGAUUUGUACAGAGGAGGGUCAGACAGCGACAGGGACAGAGUCAGGGACAGGGACAGAGUCAGGGAGAAGAUCAGGGACAGGAC